AGAUUGUCACGGCGGUGCGAUUUCGUUACCGAGACAGCGAUUUGUGUGAGCGUGUCACACGUUUUAGUUCGCUUUACCGUUUGCAGAUUUCAUUCAGAAAAAAGUUUCAAGUGUAGAACUUUAAUUUUCACUGUUCCGUUCAUGAAUUAAGUUUAUCGAAAUAAACGUCAACCGGAGGGGACGAAUGUGCGACACACUCAAGAUGGGCGUCACAGUCCCCGAGAAAUCUGUCGCCUUGGUCGAAACCAAGGAUCCGAAAUAUGAGGAGAGUGCGGAAACUCCCGAUGUAUCAGCUAGCAAUAUCUGGCAUGGCUUCACCCAGGAUACCACCUUUCAUGGGGUGCGCUUUGUCACCAUGCACCAGGCAGGCCUUUUCAGAAGACUUGCAUGGGCAGUGGUCAUCCUCGCCGCCAGUGUCUACCUCGUCUACCAGAUCCAGGAACGAGUGCGCUUCUACUCAAAGGAACCAAUCCUUGUCGCUGUUGAUAUUGUAUUCAAUGAUACACUGAGGUUCCCCGUCAUAGCCAUUUGCAACCAAAACCAAUUCAAAUUUAGUGCUGCAGUUAAGGAUAAGUCGAACUCCUACUUAGCACAAUUCUUCAACAACGAAUUGACUCCCCCAGUCAGCGUCCAAAAGUCUGACCCAAACGCCACAACACCCAUCACGCCCAAACCCCCGGUCGGACUUUGUACGAAGAGCAAAGCAAAUUAUGAAGCAUUCUUGAAUAAAACGUGGGAGUAUCUUCUCAGCCAUCUGGGGCAUCUGCCACAAGACAUGAUCGCCAGGUGUCGCUUUGGUAACGAAAAUUGCAGCUGGGAAAACUUCGAUCCGAUCAUGACAGACCACGGACUGUGCUACAAAUUCAAAGGUCUGAAGUGUCCAACGACAGGCGUGUACAAACUGCCAGACACGAAAGCGGCAGGUUCAAAAGCGGGACUCAAUUUACUCCUAAACACUGAAAGUUAUGAAUACUCCCCGGGUCCACACGCAUCCGCGGGCUUCAAAGUGGUGGUCUACGAGCCUGGUGACCUUCCUGUAUUCGAAUCGCAAGGAGAAGGCAUCGCCCCUGGAACAUAUACGUUUGUUGGCUUAAGUUAUGACGAGACACUUCGGAUCAACAGCAAGACAACAAAUUGUACGCAUGGGACCAAACUAAAGUAUUUUGACAGUUACUCGCAGCUGGCAUGUCUUGAAGAUUGUGAGGCCAGGAAGUUUGUGGAGAGGUGCGGGUGCAGGAAGUCUUCGCGCUGGAAGGAUGACGGUACUCCGCUCUGUACAGUGGCAGAUUCGUUAUCGUGUAACGGUAUCGAAAGCACUACCACAAACAUCACCAACACAGGGUGUGUCGUCUGUGACGCUCCAUGCGAAUCCGUCAACUUCCCGACAAGCUUUUCGUUCCUGAAGACCUCCAAAAACGACAUCACAAAACUUGACGGUCAUUUCCUGGAGAAGAUGAUGAAGGCCAACCAGGAGGCCCGUGACCUCCGCAGCAACACCGACACAAAUUUGUACCAGAAGUAUUUAGGUCCAAUGAAAACUUUUAAAGAAACAGCAGUUAACGCCCGCAAGGUAUACGGCGAAAUAUUUUCUGCUGACGUCAACAAGCACAGGGAAAACUUUACGAAGGUGGCUGACAGGUGUAAACACUCCCUGAACAAAACGGCACGAUAUUUCGGGGUGAUGGGUCAAAUCUAUGAUGAGUUCUUCUACAGUCCGGCCUCACUACGCUUCCCUGAUGUGACGCUGGGAGCAAAGACAUUAGCCAUGAACGUCGAAGAGGCACUCAAGAUCAUUACAAGCCAGAAGCGACCCCCGACAACGGACGAAGGAGACUUCGUACGGAUGGUGAAAUUUGAGCUGAAAAACAUGAAUUCCACUCUCCGCGACUCCGUCAGCACGUUAAAGGAUAUCCAAGAGAGAUACACUUCCGCUUCUCCAGUCAUGCCGUACUUGACGCCAGCAGACAUCGUCGCGGCCUUACCAACUUACGAUGGCUUCUUCUUCAAAAGGCCAAUCGUUGAUUCAGCGGAAAAUGUAUUGAAUAAGGGACGCUGCAAUGAAUACUACAACCUCGCCGAAGCCAACCAAGCCCACCUGAAAACUCUCCUCGACACAUUGAACUCGCACGAUUCGACAAAACCGGUCGACUGGGCAACAUUUACGGCGAAGAGGGAUUCGUUUAUAACGGAUACGCUGAAAUUAGCCAAUAAACGAGUCGAAGUGAUGAAGAAGUUUCUCCAAGGCGCGAUGGAGUAUGUGGAUUGGAAGAACCAAACAAUGCUUCAGCACGAGGCAGCUUCUAAAGCAAUGACUGACGGAAUGAUUAACGACCUGGAUUUCAGGUUCUCUGACUUCAAAAUAAAUGCAAAAUACGAGGCCUGGGUUGAUAACCUUAAGGAUAAGGGACUUUUGGACAUGAGUAAGAUUGCAAAAGAUGCCAAAGCAGCUGACCAAGGAAUCGAAUCCGAACGCUUUCAGUACACGAUUUAUAAACUUCGGGAGUACCUAACGGAGGCCAAUGCGAGAUUCUCGCGUUUGAAGGAGAUCUUCGAUGUGUGGAAAAACUACGUAUAUUCAGUCAGUCACCUUACGACCAUCCUCAUAGUAUGGGUCCAAGGGGGUCCGCAACAGCCCACGUGGAAGAAAGGAGACAAAAUGGCCACGGUCGCCCUGGACAAAUUUGCUUGCUCUCUAUUUCUGCAAGAUACUAAUAAUCAGAGAAAAGUUUACUGGAGCCAGUAUUUCGAACAAGUGAAAAGUGACCUUCAGAGAGUGGUAGAGGUCAUUGCCCCGCAGUUUGAGGAGCUGAAAGCAUUGCUGGAUGAGUAUUCUGGAGAACUGGAGCCAACCGGAACAUUCUAUAAGAACAACUUCGCGGAGGUGGACAUAUAUUUCCAGGAAAUGUCUUACCGAAAGGUGGAGCAGCAGUUGGCGUAUGACAUUGUCGCCUUACUCAGUGACAUCGGAGGGUCCAUGGGACUUUUGGUUGGCGGGAGUUGUCUGACCGUGAUGGAACUAAUAGACACGGUUAUCAUAGUAUGCCAGCUGUGCCUGGCCAAGAGAAAGAAAAUUGGACCGAAAGGACAAACAAUUAACGUUGUAGAACAACGGUUUUAAGAACAGAAUGUACAGUAAACUUAGAACUUGGGUCUUAUGCAUCUUAUACCACCCCCACACCCCCAUACCCCACGUCCAGGCGUAACUGUAAAAAUUGAAUUAGUGUCGAAUUAUAUAGUGUGCCAACAUUCUUUCUACCAUUUUUCCGAGUUUCUGUCGAUACAAAAACUAAGCACAUGUAGUACCGGGUAGAGUCUAUGAGGGAACUGCUGAUGAAAUAACUGUAUUGGUAACUCGAUAUGACCCUAAAGAUACUGCCGAUGUUGUGAUUAUACUGCAUGAAACGCACCCUUUCAGUAAACAUUUUGAAUUUUCUUUUAACACAAACUGCUUUAACUUUAGUGUAACUGUUGACUCGAGACCGUUUUAUCAUCAUCAUCAUGAUUACUUAUGUUUUAUUGUUGUAAAGUCUUCAGAAAAUGCAUGUGCAUUAUUAUCGUUCAUUGAAUUGUGACCACGUUUGCAUUAGGUAUAAAUUGACUUGCUGCGAUGGUAAAUUUGUGUCAACAAAAUAAUAAAAAUAACUGAAUACAUGUAUACAUGUAUAUAUAAUAAUAGUUAUUUACUUUAUAUAUCACCACUUAAAAAUUAAUUGUCAGUGGCGCUUAACAAGUGAUGAAUAAAUAUGCACAAUCAUAUCAAGAUACAGAAAGAUACUUUAAAACACUUUUCAAAAACCAUUAAUAAUUUUAUUCCCCCCCAAAAACAAUUUUUUUGCAGUAAGUGACAUUAUCAUACCCCAAGUGAAGUGAUCUGGCAGACAAGACCACCAUUCAACUUCAACCAAAAUUACGGACAGUGCUCUAGGGAACGGCUUUUACAAUACAACACAAACCCCACUGCUCUUCAUAACUGUGCAGACUUUAUUUUUAGAGAAA